AGAAUGUGGCUACAAUGAUAUUCUUGAUAUAUUAGGUACACGUGUCCACAAUUAAUUAUAUUUAUAAUUUAUGAAAAUGUUAUUAAGGCUCUAUUUCAGGACUGAUACUGUGGAUUUUAUUGCAUUUAAAAUAUCGGGGGAAAAUAAUUGUUUUAACUAUCAGUAACAUGCGUAACUAUAUAAAUUAUUGAAACUCUAUGUUGAACUGUAGGUAAAAUAUAACUUUAGUCCAGACAUAAAUUCGAAACUAGUUGAGUUUGCUACCAUGGUCAUUGAGACCAUAGAUAUUGUGGAAAAUAUGAGACUGGAAAGUGUUUUGCAGAAAUACUUUACUAGCAGUUUCCGUAAAGGGUAUAUCAGUGUUGACGGGGUUACAAUGCCGAUGCGAUUUGGAGAUUUACAAAACGAUAUUGAUAAUUUCAAUAUGCAUGAGGAAGAUGUAUGGAUUUGCAGCUUUCCAAAAACUGGCACGACAUGGACUCAAGAAAUGGUGUGGAUGAUAAUGAACAAUCUGAACUUUGAAGAAGGGCGUGUUAAUUUAGGUGCCCGAUCUCCGUUUUUGGAGUUGUCUGCAAUCUUCGACUUUAGACAACAUAUGCGAGAUGUUAAAGGUUUCGAAGUGCCGUUAUACCUGCAGGAUUCUGUAGAGUUUGUAAAAAAUCAAAAAAGUCCUGCUUGCAUAAAAACACACUUACCAUUUAAUCUAUUGCCUAAAGACAUACAAACUGGAGUGAAGAAACCAAAGAUUAUUUACAUUUCCCGAAAUCCGAAAGACGCUUGUGUGUCCUACUUUCAUCAUUCCAAGUUGCUGGAGGGAUAUACUGGAAAUUUUAACGAUUUCGCAAAAUUGUUUCUAGCAGGAAAAUUAUCAUUUGCCCCAUAUUGGAAUCACGUCAUACCAUUUUGGAAUAAACGGAACCAGGAUAACGUACUUUUCUUGACCUAUGAGGAAAUGAAGGAGAAUCUACCGGAAGUUACAGAACGAACUGCAAUAUUUCUGGGAAAGAAACUCACUGCCGAACAAAUUGAGAUUUUAGCCAAACACCUCAGCUUUGAGAACAUGAAGAAUAACUCUGCAGUGAACCAAGACACCAUUACACAAGUAGCUAAAAAAUACAAACUGUCUGAACAUGAUACUGUUUUUAUGAGAUCAGGAAUUGUUGGCAGCUAUAAGGCGGACAUGAGUCCUGAUUUAGUUGACGAAUUCAACCACUGGAUUCAGAAGAAUACGCAACACUCAGAUUUCAGUAUCUACUAAGUAAAUAAACACAUCAAUAUUUAGAAAUUAA